GGCAGGCACUAGAGAUAACCGCGACACCAUGAAAGCACCAGAGAGCAAUGGAAAGAAUGAAAACCAGCCAGAGAACAAGAGCAAAUACAAGAAACCACCAGAGAACAAGAACAAGGACAAGAAUCCUCCUAAGAUGGAAGCUACAGAAGACGAAGAAGAUGACGAUAGACUCUUGGGAGAAAUUAUGCGUCCUCUGACCGAAGACGACACCAAAGAAGCACCAAUCUACGAUGACAUCGGCAUUAUCAGGACCCCCAAGGAGGGCGAAGGGGGGGGGGGGGGGGGGGGGGGGGGGGGGUAA